UCACUGAGAACCGGAAAGUCUGCUGGCUGUCUCCCUUUCCGGGAGAAAGAAGACUGCUCCGCCUGUCAGUGCCAGCCUUCCUCCUGUAAGGGGACCCGCCGGACCCGUGCCAAUUAAAUUUUCCCCCCAUUCCAGGCCCUUCCCCAUCGUCGCCCCCUUCACCUUGGAUCAUGUUCAAGAAAUUUGAUGAAAAAGAAAAUGUGUCCAAUUGCAUCCAGUUGAAAACCUCAGUUAUAAAGGGCAUUAAGAACCAAUUGAUAGAGCAAUUUCCAGGUAUUGAACCAUGGCUUAAUCAAAUCAUGCCUAAGAAAGAUCCUGUCAAAAUAGUGCGAUGCCAUGAACAUAUAGAAAUCCUUACAGUAAAUGGAGAGUUACUAUUUUUUAGACAAAGAGAAGGACCUUUUUAUCCAACCCUAAGAUUACUUCACAAAUAUCCCUUUAUAUUGCCACACCAACAGGUUGAUAAAGGAGCCAUCAAAUUUGUACUCAGUGGAGCAAAUAUCAUGUGUCCAGGCUUAACUUCUCCUGGAGCUAAACUUUACCCUGCUGCAGUAGAUACGAUUGUUGCCAUCAUGGCAGAAGGAAAACAGCAUGCUCUGUGUGUUGGGGUCAUGAAGAUGUCUGCAGAAGAUAUUGAGAAAGUCAACAAAGGAAUUGGCAUUGAAAAUAUCCAUUAUUUAAAUGAUGGGCUGUGGCAUAUGAAGACAUAUAAAUGAGCCUCAGAAGGAAUGCACUUAGGCUAAAUACGGAUAUUGUGCUAUAUCUGUGUUUGUGUCUGUGUGUGACAGCAUGAAGACAAUACCUCUGUAGUUGUGCUGAAUAAAUUCAAAAGAUGCUAAAA